GCUGUUUUACCGCAGCCGAGCCCAGCCACCUGCUGGCCGCUGGCCGCCUGCACACGCGCGGCAGGCCCGGUGGCACUACUAAUCGUGUGCGCGCCGUCGCCCCCAAUCCAGCAGCCACCGCCGCGCGUCCCAACUCAUCCUGUGGGGGAAAAGGGCCAGCAAACGGGCAAAAGCACGCCGACUGGGGGCGACAGACAUGCGGCCGACGAAGCUGUCGGCGCGGAGCUUGCGGAAGGCGUCCGUCCCGCCGACCCUGCUCUCCGACCCCUCGCCCGGCAGCCUCCAACCCACCCGCCUCGCCGUCCACGUCAAUGGUGCUGGCUCCUCCUGCUCCGCCUACCUCGCCUCCGGCUGCCGCGUCUACAAGAUCGAGGUUCUCGUCUCUUAUAAGCAUGGAUGGAUCGAUGCUGUCCAAAGGAAAGGAGAGCCUUUUGAUUCCUGAUAAUGCACAGGUCAUCAGCUCAUCAGUUGUGGAUCGCUGCCCACAUCGUUCUGAGAUUCAGAGUGUAGCUCUUGCAGAGGGUGAAGGUGAUAACUGCUUGAUUUUGGGAACAGUUGACUUGUAUGGUCACCUUAUUGUAUCUCGUUUGGACAAAGUGGCUGAUGACAUCGACAGGACCUCCUAUUCAGUACCACCUCGUGAUUGUGGUGUUGGGGAAGGAAGUUGGGCUGGGGUAUGCUUUAGCCCAAUGCACCGAUCCAUGGUAGCUGUUGCUCGUCAAUUGUGCAAGAGCAUCGAUAUUUAUGAUCAGGACAUUCAUGUUCGCAGUUUACGCACGUUGUGGUAUCCAUCUUCAUUUAGCUUUGUUCAAUGCUCGCCACAAGGGAAUGAAAGUAGUUCUCUGUUGGCAAUUGCUGAAGGUUCUCAGCUGAGCAUCUGGGACUUAAGGAUGAAUAACAAUGGGGGAUGCGUACAGCGCAUUUCUGGAUCCAUUGGAAAUAUUAUAUACUCUGUCUGUAGUUCUCCUUCAGGACCAAUUGCUACUGGUGGAACUGAUCGUUCUGUCACCAUCUAUGAUCCUCGCAGGUGGUCGGCUUUGUCAAGAUGGGUGGGCUGCUCCAAGUAUGAGAUUACAGGCCUUUCGUUCUCAUCAGUUGAUCAAUCUUUCAUUUACAUCCAAGGUGUUGAUUAUGAGAUUACUUGUGGACUUUGGAAGGAAAAUGAGCGAGCAUUCUCGUUUCGAGGGGAUUCCAACUGGUUGGGUUUUUCGAAGUGUGCGGAUACUGAUGUGGUAGCAGGGUGGUGCGAGUCCGGAAGUAUCUUCAUUGCUGAUGUUAGGCAGCUGUAGGAUCAACAUUCUCUCGGUAAUCAGGUGGUGAGCGCACACCAUCAUCUCAUCUGACGUUCUGGAGCUACGAAAGUGACGCAUAUAUGAGAUGUGCUUUUCCCAUUUCUGUAGGACUGUAACUGUUUUGUAGAAAGCACUCGUGUGAUGAAGUAUGAACACGGUCCGACUUCCCGACCAAGAGGAACUGUUCUGCACUUCCCAGUACCAAGCACAAUGUAUAACUGUUUAUCGAACCUUUCUUGAAAUUUAAAAUACGGUACUAGCAUUCUACAAACUGAA